CGUCAGGAAGGCUCUGUCUGUGCCAGAUGUUCGUCGCUUCCGAGUCAAGGACCGGCCUCCACCUGCUGACGCUGCUGUGUUGUCUCGUUGUCAUCGGUCUGGUCCGAUACGCUCUGUCUGCUGAAGGGAGGAAGGUGAGCCAGCGACAGAGGUAUGUCUGUUGAUUGAUUGCAUGUGAACCUAAACUAUCUCUCUUGCUUGUUGUGUGUCUGCCUGUCUGUCUGCCUGGGCAGGUGUUGGUCAAGGUGCUGAAGUGGCUUGACGAACUGUGGCCUCGAGUGCUGGUUUUCUGUGGACUCGAGUGGAUCCUCGGAGACCUCCUCACGCUCAAGACGCCUGAGGAAGCCAGCCAGACGGCCGCGCGGCUCAGAGAGGAGAUCGACCACAUCCAGGUGGAGCUUGGUGUCCCCCAGGUGGCUGUCGGUGCAUCGUCCUGUCGGUAUCGUCUGGGCAGCCGAGUGCUGAUGGUGUCGGACGGCGAAGCCAGGAAGGGCAGGCACUUGUGGGUGAAGGCCUCGUGUCCAAGCUGGAGCCGACUGCGGGAGGGACGAGGGUGUUCAUGCGGGAGGAGGGCGGCACAGAGGAGUUCAAGAUAGUCGUGCCCAACGCAACAUCACACUUCCACGAGCUUGCCAACGUCGAAGCAGUAAGCAGACACACACGAGCAAGCUGGCGGGCGGUUGGGAUGUCCUCUUGACGAGGAUCUUGUGCUGUUGGUUCGCAGGUGUGCGAUGGCUUCAAAUGGGUUGGCCGUAAGGUGGCCCAGCAGCAGAGCCUCGACGGACAGAAGGUACACACCUGCACAGCAUCGAUCGCUGACAUGAAUCCAUCCUCCUCGACUCACGUGUCGCCUCUUUUUGGUUGCUUGCGCAGAGCGGCGAGCCCUUCUGUCUGUUCAACGCCAUGGUCGAUCGCCUCGGGCCUCAUGAAGUGGCGGCUCUGUCGGGAGACUUUACGGACCUUCUGGGCGUGGAGGUCUCCGCUCUCUUCGCUGCCUGCAAGACACUCGACUUGGCCACCAACAUCACCAAACAGAUAAAGAAACGCAUCGACCAGCUGCUGCGCGACCAACACAUCGACGGAUGGCUGACGUAUGAGCACGAUGACAACACCAACAACACCACCUGUGGUGGGUGUUGGUCAAGGGCGGGCAGUGGGCGGCGAAUGAGCCCAUUCUGCGCCUGGCCAGGAGCAGUGGCCUCCUGGCCUCCCUCCCACUCAUCAUCACAUCGGCUGACGUGCGGCUGGCGACGGCCGACAAGACCCUCUACCUCAGCCGCCCAGAGGCCAUCCGCCAGUACAGCCUCUACAGCCACCAACUGGGCGACAGGAUGCACCUGACGCGCAAUGCCAACCGCCGGCAGGACGAGCUGGCCGGGUGGCAGGUGACGGUUCACACACAGCAGACGGUGCCGGCCAGGUAUCGAGAUCGAUUCAAUCCGGCCGACCCCCCGUGCCGACGUGAGAGAGGGGAGGGCAAAGCACCACAGGACAGGCCAUUUGACAUGGAUGGAUGGAUGGUGUCUGCCGCUGUGUGUCUGUCUGUGCCUGCAGACCAGGAUUUCGACUACGGCAGCUUCCGUGAGUCGGUCGUCGAGAGGUAUGCAGCCACUCCUUAAACGGGAGAACACAACACAGCAAUGUGUCGGGUGCUGUACGUUCCCUCCUGCUCUUUCAGGAUGGCAUGGCUGUCGUUGCCUCGAGUGUCGGGUCAGGACUGCUGUCCGUCCUCUGCUGAGUAUCAUCGCAUCUGUGCCCUGAUGGCCCAGCAGCCGCCCCUGUGGGACGGCUGCCGCACCAUCGACUACGGCAUCUACCGCACCUACCGACUCGUCAUACUGUGUGGCGAGGAGGAUGGCGACGACUUCGCGGCGUGCAUCAAGAUGGACAAGUUGAGUUACGGGUCGGCAUCUAUCUCCAUCCACACCACCGAGGCGCCCCAGCAGGGCGUCAGUGGUCCUGCUGCCUUCCUCGGACAGUUCACAUCGCCCACAACAAGAUGGACGACGCUGUGCGGCUACUGCCGAACAUCCGACAGAAGAGCCAACGCUCUGGUCCGUUGGACACACGAGGGGCGGGAGAAUCCAUGUAGUUUUUUCGGCUCAUUGUAUUGUGUGCUCUCUUUCCCUCUCUGUGUGAUGGGUGUUGCUGUGUCAGGUAUGUGAGCCGUGUGGCUCUGGUGGUGUGAUUGACACGUGUGUGUUGAGGAUGGGGGCGGCUGACAUUAAGUGUCUGUCUUCCAGGGACAGACAGAUGGAUGGAUGGAUGGUAGGCCCUUGCUGCGUUUGCUGCAGUAUCACUGUUUACAGACACUCCGCUUACUGUAAAAGCCGAUGUUCGUUAAUUGGUGGGUUGGUGGUGUGUGUGGAG